CUUACAAUGAGACCAUGGAUAUUUUUAACGACGUGCUGAACAGUGCAAGGUAUAACCCAAAGGUCAGCCCGCGGUGGAACCAAACAGCCACGCUGUACGUGAAUGUGACGUUUGAGCUGGUGUCUAUCGUUGAGUUGGAUGAUGUCCAGCAGAGUUUUACCUGUAACGGCUUUCUGGGAUUUGAGUGGAUAGAUGAGAUGAUAGAAUGGGAGAAGGACGAUUACGGAGGUCAGGACCUAAUACAUCCGGUCCCAGAGGACAUCUGGAUACCACGUGUGGUCAUCAUGAACACGUUAGGGGACCGGGACCCGUUUGGAGACGACGUAGCGUGA